AUUUUUUAUACUUAUUAAAAAAAAAAAGUGAGACAAAAUGAUUCGGUGCUUCGCGAGGACACCACUAAUAGGUGCUCCCUUCAUCUCCACCGUCCAUUUCACAUCUCCACCAUCUAUCCGAAUCUUCGCAUCUCGUUCUCCAUCAUCAUCAUCAUCAUCAUCAUCAUCAUCAUCGACAGUUGCAGCAUCUAGAAGAUCAAUAAUAUCUCUGUCAAUUAUCGCCGUCACGUCUUCCGUCGUCUCCUCCGUUUGCUUCACUUCUCCGGCACUAGCUGAAUUCUCUGAAAUCCCUAAUUCCGGCGGAGUUAAAGCUCUCGACCUCCGAAUCGGCGAUGGUGAAGUCCCCAUUGAAGGAGAUCAGAUUGAAAUACAUUACUAUGGGAGAUUGGCUGCGAAGCAAGGAUGGAGAUUUGAUUCAACUUAUGAUCAUAAAGACAGUAAUGGUGAAGCUGUUCCUUUCACAUUCGUCCUUGGUUCUAGCAAAGUAAUUCCGGGGAUUGAAACAGCCGUAAGGUCGAUGAAAGUAGGCGGGAUUCGUCGGGUGAUUAUACCUCCGUCUCAAGGAUACCAGAAUACAUCACAAGAGCCUCUCCCACCAAACUUCUUUGACAGACAGAGACUCUUCACGACUAUCUUUAACCCAACACGUCUCGCCAAUGGAGAAGGUUCUACUCUUGGAACUCUUGUUUUUGACAUCGAACUUGUCAGCACCAGACGCCUUCACCGAUAAGUCAUAUUGUCCUAGUACUUUUGUUUAAGUGAAUAGAAAUUUCAACUUUAGAUAUAAAUGAAGUUGAUCAUUUGUCUGUCACUUGGCUCCCUGCUUUGCAUUCGUAUUACACUUGUGUGUAGAGAAAAAUGGUUGCUAAAUAAUAGACAACGAAACGUUGC